UCCUUCUUCGAAAGGGUUCUCCCCAAGUGUCCAGAGCGGAUGGGUCCCCAGGGAAAGCCGCUGGGGGUUCCGAGUCCCUUGUCAGGGCUGUGUGCGCCUGGGUGCGCACCUGUGCCUUGUCCGUGCCUGGGGGAUCUGUGCGCCCGUCUGUGUGUGUCCGUGUGUGGUGUGUGCAGGUCUAUCUGUGUGAAUGGUCUGCCCUGCGUGGGGACGGCCACAGCCCUCCUGGCAGGCCCCCCAGCAGAAAUGCUGCCACACAGCUCACGCUGCCCUCAGCACACAGGACCACCUCGCGCGGGGGUUGAAGCAUUAAACAGAUAAGGAAACUGAGGCACCGCCAAGGUCACACAGGCGGUGACGGCUCCAGCAUCAGGGCCAGCUUCUGACCUCCCCUGAAUGACCCACACCACCCUGCAGCAAGACCCGCCCUCGGAAACAGGCCCGCAGCAGAGGACCUGGCCAGGGCUGAGGGCGCCCAGCUGGGGAGGACUCAGGCUCCUGUCUCUUCGCAAAGACCAGGUGACUCUGCAGUCCCGGUGUCUCUUCUCUGUGCUCCGUUCUCCUAUGCCACCGUGAUCCCAGCACCCCGAGUUCUCAGAAUGUCCCAGCUGCCUCACCAAUGGCAGUUGACAUUCCCUGGCCCAAGUUGCAUUAUUUCUAUCCUUUUUCUGUUGCAAUACUGGUUAUGAAACCAGACAUAGCUGUCCCCGGCAGCGGACAUUGCAAUACUUCCGACUGAAGCACAGGCCAGGCUGUGGUCAGCCCUGGGGAGGGGACAGGGGCCCGUGGCCCCUGAGGGGGGUCGGCAGCUGUGACCAAGGACAUUACUGUGGGAAAGGCAGCCUGAGGGGGUCCACCAGCUUGAGGGAGUUCUGGGCCACGAAGAGGAGAAGGUGAAAGUCACAGUGCGGGGCACCACCAGGGCAGAGCUAGCCUGCUUCCCAAUACCUCAGAGCAGGUGCCCUCCUGGUCAAGGGGUCACUGCAGUGUGACCUCCGGCUCUGGAGCCCCGAAUCUGGCUUCUGGGCCAGAUGCUGUCACAGCUGGGUGUGUGCCUUUGGCUGUGUGACCUUCGUUGUGCCUCUGCGGCCCUAUCGGUUUAUGAGUUUGGACACACCUGAAGACACGUAACCAUCGCCACCCAUUCAAGGGUAACUUUGGACACAGACACACACAGAGGAAAGUUCAUGUGAAGAGACACGGAGAAGACCACCAAUAACAAGCCAAGGCCAGGGGCCUGGAACAGAUUCUCUGUCCCACCGUCAGAAGGAACCCACCCUGCCCUCACCUUGACCUUGACCUUCCAGUCUCUAGACCGUGGAACUUGGUGACAGCGGCCCUGGCAAACACAGCAGACAGACCGGUCCCCGAGCGCGGCGCCCAGCCUCCAUGACGCGCAAGUGAGCGGUCCAGGCGCAAGGGCCCCGCCGGCUGGGGCAGGAUGACCAAGUCCCGGCUUUUCCGCCUGUGGCUGGUCCUGGGCUCGGUGUUCACCGUCCUCCUCAUCAUCGCCUACUGGGACAGCGUGGGCACCGCCCACUCCUACCUGCGCACCCCCUUCUCCAGGCCGCAGCCCCUGGAGCCCCGCCCCAGCCCGGCCGACAAGGAGGGCGAGGCCAGCGUGGACGACUUUUUGGAGAAGCUGCUGGGCGCCAGCACGAAGAACAUCGUUCCCGGGAGAAAGACGGAGCAGCCCCCGCCGGCCUCCAGCAGGCCCGCGCCGGGCAGCAUGGAGGAGAGCGUGAGGGGCUACGACUGGUCCAGCCGCGACGCCCCGCAGGGCCCCGACCUCGCCGGGCGGCAGGCGGAGCGCAGGAGCGUGCUGCGGGACUUCUGCGCCAACGCCAGCUUCGUGUUCCCCGCCAAGGAGCGCUCCUUCGACGACAUCCCCAACUACGAGCUGAACCACCUCAUCGUGGACGACCGCCACGGGGUCAUCUACUGCUACGUGCCCAAGGUGGCCUGCACCAACUGGAAGCGCGUGAUGAUCGUGCUCAGCCAGAGCCUGCUGGACCGGGGCGCCCCGUACCGCGACCCCCUGGACAUCCCGCGCGAGCACGUGCACAACUCCAGCACCCACCUGACCUUCAACAAGUUCUGGCGCCGCUACGGGAAGCUCUCCCGCCACCUCAUGAAGGUCAAGCUGCAGAAGUACACCAAGUUCCUGUUCGUGCGGGACCCCUUCGUGCGCCUCAUCUCGGCCUUCCGCAGCAAGUUCGAGCUGGAGAACGAGGACUUCUACCGGAGGUUCGCCGUCCCCAUGCUCCGGACCUACGCCAACCGCACCAGCCUGCCCGCGUCCGUCAGCGAGGCCUUCGGCGCCGGCCUCAAGGUCUCCUUCCGCAACUUCAUCCAGUACCUGCUGGACCCGCGCACCGAGAAGCUGGCGCCCUUCAACGAGCACUGGCGGCAGGUGCACCGGCUCUGCCACCCCUGCCAGAUCGAGUACGACUUCGUGGGCAAGCUGGAGACGCUGGACCAGGACGCCGCGCAGCUGCUGCGGCUGCUCAAGGUGGACCAGCGGCUGCACUUCCCGCCCAGCUACCGGAACCGGACCGCCAGCAGCUGGGAGGAGGACUGGUUCGCCAGGAUCCCGCUGGCCUGGCGGCGGCAGCUCUACAAGCUCUACGAAGCGGACUUCGUGCUCUUCGGCUACCCCAAGCCCGAGAACCUGCUCAGAGACUGAGGGUCCAGGCCGCCGGACUCCC